AUGUGGUGCUUGCAGGUGAAAACGUUGACGCUGAAGGAUCAGCCUAACAAAAAGCUAUCGUUGCCAAGAGCCCUGUACGAGCAAAGUGCUGCCCUGUUCAGACCCCCAUUACUCUGGAGGACCUUGCAGUUGUUCUACAUCGUUGGCGUCGUGUACAUCACAAAUAACUCAUUCCUAGUGUGGUUGGCACACGUAAUGAACCUCCUGAGGCUGGCGUUGGAAACUUCUGCUACUGGAAACAUAUGUGACCUGAUCAACCACGAAAUGGCAUUCAAAGCGAGUCAUUCCAAUACAACUGUUCCGCAUGUCUGCGUUGGGAACAUAGAAGAGAACGUGGUGUUAGCUUUAAUCGGCUCCCAAAGUAUCUUCGCGAUCCUGAACUUCGUGCUCUCAUACCUGUCACAUCGACGGAAAGCUGUGCUAAUUUCAAUCUUAUGUCUAUCAUCAUUGAGCGGGACUUUGCUCAACUUGACACCGGAGCCUAUAUCUAGUGUGUUCUUCUUCAUGAUAUUUACGUGCACUUGCCUCUGUAUGGGCAUUUUAGCGUCGUUCUUUGUCGAUUUAUAUCCACCAUCGUACAGGGGAAUGGUGGCGUGUCUCAGUAUAAUGGUUGGCAGAGGCAGCACAUUCGUCGGCAUCAACGUGGUUGGUAAUCUGCUGUUUCAUCACUGCCAGCUCACAUUCUACAUGUGGACCUUACUGGUGCUAAGUAGCGUUGUAUUGGCAUGGUUCCUGCCGCCAGACAAAGUAAAAUUGAAGCCUACCGCAGUUUAA